AUGGCCCCUUCUAGCCCUAGCAUGGUGCCAGCUGAUGGCAAUGGGCACAGUGCACAAGGGAUGAGAAAGGUAAGCCCUGAUCAAUGGCUGAUACUGGACACUGGGGGGAUGGAAGGAUCGGAAUUUUGGAAUCUUUAUUCAAUGGAUUUGUGGGUCUUAUUUCACAGUUAGACAUUUUACCAUGUCAGAUAAGGCUGUAUUCAUACUAAUUUAAUGUGUUUGUUCCUUUCUCCAGCUCAGGAAGCCAGUGAUUGAGAAGAUGAGGAGAGAUCGGAUUAACAGCAGCAUUGAGCAGCUCAGGAUGUUACUGGAGAAAGAGUUUGACAAACAGCAACUUCCAUCCAAACCAGAGAAAGUGGAUAUUCUAGAGAUGACAGUGACCUUCCUGCAGCAGCACCUGGCUGGGAAAAGUAAGUAUCCUGACCUGUGUGUCUUUCACAUCUGGAGAAAUGAUCAUCUGUCACUGAGACUCAAACACUAAAUGAAAUGUCAUUCUAAUAAUGGUCUUCUCUUCUCCCCCUUUAGCUGCUCCAUCAUCCAGCCAGAGCUACACAGAAGGUUACUCCAAGUGUCUCCAGGUCUCUGAGUGCUUCCUAUCCCAGCACAGACAGACAGAGACCCAGGUGAAGCUGCUGCAGACCAUCCAUGGUGAACAGCCUCUUGCAACGGCGAGCUUGCCUUUUCAGUUGGGAGUGCACCAUACAGCCAAGAAAGACCUAGUACCAGGGUCCCACAAAGCUGUAUGGAGACCCUGGUAGUCACUGUGUGGACUUUAUUGAACUGGAAACUUUUAGUGAACUCUCAGCAACCUGCCUGAUCUAUAUUGGAGUGUUUGCUCUGCGUAUCGAGUGUUUUAUCAUAUAAUGAAAGUGUAAGCAUGUUACUAAUGCUAUUAGCCAAUUAUGUUUUAUAUUAAAACAACAGCUCAGGCCAGGAAUUACUGCAAUCUUACAUGAAAUGUUGGGUUUCACUGGUCAGAGUGGC